CAACAAAGGAACAGCCAAUCAGAGCUCAAAUCAGAGGGGAGACAGAGAAACGUGCACACAACCACUGAUAAGAUCCUCCCCGGGACGAGCGCAGGAGAGGGAAGAAAUGCAAGAUCAGACGGCCACAACGACGAGCUCGCCGCCUUCCAGCAGCGACAGGUCGUCCAGCAGCUCCAAGGAAGGGAUGGACAGCGACGACGACAUAGGGAGGGUGCCGGAGUUCGGGCUGUACCAGGGAGGCCCGUCGACCUCGGGAAGGGGGCAGGCGGCGGCCGGGGCUUCGUCGGAGCUCGCGCAGUCGGCGGCCGCUGCGCAGGCCAUUUCCCGCCGCCGCGGCCGUAGCCCGGCCGACAAGGAGCACCGGCGACUCAAAAGAUUGUUGAGGAACCGGGUGUCGGCGCAACAGGCACGGGAGAGGAAGAAGGCGUACAUGGGCGAGCUGGAGGCGAAGGUGAAGGACUUGGAGACAAGAAACUCAGAGCUCGAGGAGAGGCUCUCCACGCUGCAGAACGAGAACCAAAUGCUUAGACAGAUACUGAAAAACACCACCGGUAACAGGAGAGGACCGGGUGGCAGUCGCGGUGCCGGCGGGGAUAGCUAGAGCCAAUAGUACCGCCGUGCCCGUGUGACGUCUGAGUGCUACGUACGUACUUAAUUGUGAAAUGUAAUAAGGAAGUUGCUGAAAUGGUGACAGUUCCUGUGAUUAGCUUAGUGUGUUGUUUAAUUAGAUGGACAUAAUUAAAGCGCCUAAAAGAUAUACUACGCCUAUGCAAUAUACUAUGCAUUUUAGACUGAAA